CCUUGAUUAAAGUCUUAAGAAAAAAAAAUAUUGAAUUUCUAGGAUAAUGGGGUCUCGUGCAAGUUUGAUAUAGCUGCCCUGCACUCUUUGUCAACUUUCAAAGGCCAUCUAAGUUUGAUUUUGUGAAAUUUGCAUUUAACUUGAACAAUCCUCAUGGCUUUAUUCACCCCUAUUAUGUUUGGAUGGAGGAGUUUGGAGAGAAAAGAAGGAGAGGUAGGAUAUAUACUGCAAUUCUAUCAAUUUGGUUGAGACUCCUCGUACACAACAAGGACCACCCAGUUUCCCUCUUUGGACUCUAUUCAUUUCCUGAACCUUUGUUUGAAAGUGAACAUUUUACACGUCCAAUUUGGUCAUUAAUGUGGCCCAUAUACUUGCUAUUGAACAAGAUUCUAAAGACGGAAGAUGAAAGAGAAUUAAAAGGAGAUAAUUUGAGUGUGAUAGAUCCGUACCUGUUUCAGCAACCAUCAAGCAACUUAGAUUCCCAUCCUCCCUCCUUGCGCCGUUCACUCUUCAUUGAAGUACCACACAUAAACCAAAUAUAUACAUGGGAUUGUGGCCUUGCUUGUGUCUUGAUGGUUUUGAAAACUAUGGGUGACAACGACUACAAUAUUCAAGCACUGGCUGAACUAUGCUGCUCAACUAGCAUUUGGACUGUUGAUUUGGCGUAUUUGUUACAGAGAUUUUCUGUUACUUUUUCCUACUUCACAGUGACAUUCGGUGCAAACCCAAACUACUGUGUUGAGUCAUUUUACAAGGAGGAAUUGCCAAAUGAUCUAGUGAGAGUGGAUCUGCUAUUUCAGAAAGCAAUGGAUGCUGGAAUUGAUAUACAGUGUACGUCAAUUAGUGGAGAACAGAUUUCUAUUCUCAUAUUGUCUGGGAAAUAUAUUGCUAUUGCAUUAGUUGACCACAAUAAAUUGAGGUUAUGUUGCAGUCAUGUAUCGCAAGAAGAUGUUUGUGUCCCUGACAUCUUCUGCAACAACCCUGGCUACACGGGUCACUAUGUGUUGAUAUGUGGUUAUGAUGCUGGAGCAGAUAUGUUUGAGAUAAGGGAUCCUGCUAGCUCUAAGAAACAUAAGAGGAUCUCUUCGAAAUCCUUAGAAGAAGCUCGUAAAGCCUUUGGUACUGAUGAGGAUCUUCUCUUGAUAUCUUUGGAGAAGAGCAAGAACCAUCAUCAACCUUCGCUGCAACUUUCCAUCGAUGUCAAUACUGACUCUUGAAUCUCUUUCCCUCUUUUGCAAUGAUUUAACAAUUAUGUUGCUGCAUUUUUUUGAAAAAAUAAUAAUUUUUUUUUGCAUAUAUUUCAUUUUCAUUGUGUAUUUUAGUUGCUACACAUAGUUUAUGUAUUUAUAUCCCAGGAAAAACCUCUUAAAAUGGUUUCUUCUAGGCUAUAUGCAUUGUGUAGAUUCAUUACUCAAAACUGUAUAGUAACUAUCAAUUCAAUCUAAUCUUGUGUAAACCAUGUAUUCUUUCUCAGAAAGAUUUGAGACAGACAACAGUGUUAUCAUCGUAAAUAAGAUUCGGAGCUCAAUUGCAUAUAAAAUUGAAGCAGUUAUUUAAAUUUCGAUUACAUAUCUUGUUUUCGAUUUUGUAAUUUAUUUUCUGCUUCUGUUAAGUCUCCUAUCAUGUGACAUGGUGGUUCAUCAUUAAUCAUUGUUAUUCAUUUCUUCCUGACGGCAGAUUUUUCAGCUCAUAUUUUCUUGUAAUUCUGAGCUAAUUCAAUUUGGUCACUGACUACAGAUGAAUACUAUCUAGGCAGGUAUGCGUGAUUAUAGUUAUAUAUCAUUCCCCUUACAGAGAAGACAA